AUGCACUUGACGCCAAUCCGUCUCUGUCGUCUUUGCUCCUCAGCCAUGCUGCAUCAAACAGUUCUCGGCCUUCUGCUGGCAUGUGCAGUGUCUCUCAGCAGCUCUGCUGUUGUUCUAGAUAAUGGCUUGCCCAUGUUGUGGUCACAAACAGCCAGCCAACCGAGUGAGCUGCCUAUACAAAAUGAUGUCCUGAUGCCAAACCCCUGGCACUUCCUCAACCGUAUGAGCCUUUACAGGCUGCUGAUUGCUGCAACAGACCCGUUAAUGGGAUCCAUGGGAACAGGUGUCGCUGAGAGUCCUUUUUGGGGACUGCCUCUGCAGCUUGCAUGGAUGCUGACUUCAGGGCGUCUUGUUGACCCAACUGGUACAACUACUUGUGGCAUGGAAACAGGAGAUACUAUGUGUAUUUCCACUGAGAGCUGGUGGGCCUGUGAGAACUACUUUGUCUCAGUGCUGCCCUUCCUCUCUGCUGCACAGAACGGAUUCAUGGGAGAUGGAGUUCAGGUCCAGAUGCAGGUGCCAGAUGGUGUUACAGAAUACUGCACCACAUAUGCUGACUGUUCAACUCGCUUCCCUGUUGCCAUGUCCAAGUGGGACACCUUUUUUCAGAGUCUUAGGGGCAUUUCUGAGUCUGCUGAUCCUGACAAUGUGAAGAAAGACAACAUCCUCGGCCUCUACUGGGAUGCCCAGAGGACUUCAACCGCUACUUCUUCUGCAUGUGAUGCCAAGAAGAGCUACUACUCCGCUCCAGAGAUCACAUUUGCUAACACCUGGCUGAACUCAACCGAGUAUGUUUCUGCUGCUCUUUUCCAAUCCAGUCUGGAACGGGCCGCAAAGUUCAUUGUGCCUCUGCCAGGUCGAGUCUUAAAGGAGGGUGACGUUGCCCCAAACAUUGAAGGACUGAGUCAAGAGGAGAACAGAAUGAUGACUACCUUCGCUAUGUUGGAUUCCAUCAACGGAAUAACGGGUGGGACAUUGGUGUUUGUGUGGCGAUCAGGCAUGUGCUCCGUGACAACAAGAGAGAAAGGCAGAAACCUGCUUGAGAAGCUCAUGCUGACUCCUGACUUCAACUUUGCUGACAUGUUUAGCACUGUCACUUCGAUGGCUACAGAGUGCGGUUAGGUGACAAACAAUGUAACAGAGACAAACAAUGUAACAGAGACAAACAAUGUAACAGAGACAAACGGCAACUCCAACUAUAGUGCUGUAUUUUAUUUUUAAACUGUAGGAGAAUUGCAAACGGUACAUAGGUCAUCACAAUCUAACAAUUAUUUGAUCCAUCUUAUAAUAUUUUGCUUAAUACCUUACACUUCAUGUUACUUUAGGGACAUUUG